CCCCCCAGCUCCCUCCUUCUCUUUUGGGGGUCCGGGGGGGCUCCUGGGGGUCCCGGCCCCCCCCGAGGCCGAGCCUUUGUCCGAGGCGCUGCUGCAGCUGCAAUUUGAGGAGGGGUCUCCCCAAAUGGCUGGGGGGGGCGGCGGCGUGGCCCCCCCGUUGGAUUUUGGGGCGCUUUUGGGGGACUCCCCGUUCCCCCCCCUGGACCCCAUCAACGCCUCCGAGGUCCAGCGCCUGCUGGGCCCCCCCGAGCCCCCCCCGAGCUUCGGGGACCCCUCCUCAGAUUUCGGGGGGGGCGUUUCAGAGCCGCCCCCCCACCCCCCGGAUUUCGGGGGCCCCCCCAUGCUGAUGUCGUACCCCGAGGCCAUCGCCCGCCUGGUGCAGAGCCAGCCCCCGGGGGCGCCCCCCGAAAUGGGGCUGGGGGCUGAGCUGGGGGCGCCCCCCGAGCUGGGGGGGCUGGGGGGCCCCGAGGACUCGCUGCCCUCCCUGGGGGAGCUGGACUUCAGCGCCUUCCUCAGCCAGUUCCCCUCCUCCUGACUGGGAGCACUGGGACGGACUGGGAGGGGGCCGGGGGGGCUGCGGGGCUGCUGGCCU